AUGGACGAGUUCUACCCAUCAUUGGCGCAGUGCGCUCUGGUUGCUGCUGCACUCAAGAUCCUGCUAUUCCCGGCCUACAAAUCUACAGACUUCGAGGUUCAUCGAAACUGGCUUGCCUUAACAAGCAGCCUCCCCGUGUCCGAAUGGUAUCACGAGAAGACGUCGGAAUGGACGCUCGACUACCCCCCGUUCUUCGCCUACUUCGAAUGGGCGCUUGCCCAAGUGGCUCGAUUGGUUGACCCUGCAAUGCUACGAGUUUUCAAUCUCGAAUAUGACAGCUGGCAGACGGUUUACUUCCAGCGAACGACGGUGAUUGUGACCGAACUUAUGCUGGUCUACGCCCUCCAAGUAUUUAUCGAGUCGGCACCCUUGCUGCAGAAGCGUACCGCGCAGAUCACGGCCUUGUCGGUUAUCCUGUCUCCUGGUCUUCUUAUCAUCGACCAUAUCCAUUUCCAGUACAAUGGCGCCAUGUACGGUCUUUUGAUAUGGUCAUUGGUCUUGGCACGAUGCAAGUCUACCUUGCUGCACAGCGGCUUGGUUUUCGCUGCCCUCCUGUGCUUUAAGCACAUCUAUCUCUACCUGGCACCAGCCUACUUUGUGUUUCUUUUGCGGACGUACUGCCUGUCCACAAAGUCAAUCUUCCGCAUCAAGUUCCUCAAUUGUGUCAAAAUCGGCACCGGGCUGAUUGCGAUUCUUGGAGCUGCUUUUGGCCCGUUUGUUUAUAUGAACCAGAUCCCUCAGCUUUUGAGCCGUCUUUUCCCAUUCGCAAGAGGUCUUUGCCAUGCUUACUGGGCACCCAAUAUCUGGGCAUUGUACUCGUUUGCGGAUCGAAUCCUCAUAUCCCUCGCUCCUAGGUUAGGGCUAGAAAUCAAGACGGAGGCACUGCAAAGCGUAACCAGAGGCCUUGUUGGAGACACCGCAUUUGCAGUGCUUCCCGAUAUCAGCCCAAGGAUAUGCUUCUUCUUGACGUUGUUCUUCCAAUCACUGCCCCUGGCCAAGCUAUUCCUAGCCGCUUCUCCUUCAUGGGAGGAUUUUAUCGGAGCAGUCACUCUUUGCGGCUACUCCUCGUUCCUGUUUGGAUGGCAUGUUCAUGAAAAAGCCAUCCUGCUGGUUAUUUUCCCCUUCAGUCUCAUCGCCCUCCGGGAUCGUCGCCACUUUGGGGCAUUCAAACCAUUGACGGUCGCAGGGCACGUGUCCUUGUUUCCGCUCUUAUUCACCUCGGCCGAAUUCCCCAUCAAAACGGUCUAUACGAUUUUCUGGCUCGUGUUAUUCCUCAUGGUCUUCGAGCGCAUGGCUCCAGCUGCCAAAAAGCCUAGAGUCUUCCUUCUUGACAGGUUCAGCACGCUAUACAUUGCUAUCUGCAUUCCACUCAUUGCAUACACUUCUCUUUUCCAUCAGAUCUUAUUUGGGGAUAGCUACGAGUUCCUUCCGCUCAUGUUUACGAGCGCGUACGCUGCGAUAGGUGUCGUCGGGAGUUGGAUUGGCUACAUGGUCGUGUACUUUACUUCGUAA